CCCGGUUCAAAGGUGAUCCUCUUCACGCAUGUGCGAAGAGGCCUCUUCAAACUUUCCGGAUCGCCAACUUGGCUUGUUGUCGCACAAUUUUCCCCUUCCCAGUCCAGAUCGCGACGCAGAUCUCAGGUCUACACGAUGCAGACGAACGAAUGGGCUGCAAAACUCAGGCGUUUCGACGCCUACCCCAAAACCCUGGACGAUUUUCGUGUGAAGACUUUCGGCGGAGCAGCCGUAACCAUAAUCAGUGGAUUCUUCAUGAUCCUCCUGUUUGUAUCGGAGCUACAGUACUACCUGACUCUGGAGGUAACAGAGGAGCUGUUUGUGGACACAUCACGAGGGGAGAAGAUGAGAAUUAACAUCGAUAUCCUGUUUCAUAAAGUACCUUGUGCAUACCUCAGUAUAGAUGCCAUGGACAUCGCAGGGGAACAGCAGAUAGACGUGGACCACAAUCUGUUCAAGAGGAGGAUGGACCUACAAGGGAACAUCCUGGAUGAACCGGAGAAAGAAGAUUUAGGAGACCCAUCAGAUGAGUUUAUGCAGGCAAUAAAAAAGCUGGAGAACAAGACAGCAGACGUGUGUGAGAGCUGCUAUGGAGCUGAGACUGAGGACUUAAAAUGCUGCAACACAUGUGAGGACGUUCGAGAAGCCUACAGGAGAAAAGGCUGGGCCUUCAACAACCCUGACACCAUCGAGCAGUGUAAGAGGGAGGGAUGGUCGGAAAAACUCAAGCAGCAGAAAAACGAGGGCUGCCAAGUCUACGGCUACCUUGAAGUAAAUAAGGUAGCAGGAAACUUCCAUUUUGCUCCAGGGAAAAGUUUUCAACAGCAUCAUGUUCAUGUACAUGAUCUACAACCAUUUGGUGGAGAAAAGUUUAACCUGAGCCACCAUGUGAACCACCUGAGCUUUGGUACAGACAUCCCAGGUAGAGUCAACCCACUAGACGGGCACAUGGUAGCAGCGAAACAAGGUUCCAUGAUGUAUCAAUACUUUGUGAAAAUAGUCCCAACAAUUUACAAGAAAAUUAGUGGACAGGAGGUGAGAACCAACCAGUUCUCUGUGACCAAACAUCAGAAGCAGGUAACAGCCUCGUCAGGAGAGCAGGGUCUGCCCGGGGUGUUCGUUCUGUACGAACUCUCACCCAUGAUGGUGCAGUUCACAGAAAAACAGAGGUCUUUUAUGCACUUCCUAACUGGAGUGUGUGCCAUUGUUGGAGGUGUAUUCACAGUUGCCGGCCUGAUCGACUCCCUCAUCUACCACUCAGCACGGGCAAUCCAACAGAAAAUAGACCUUGGGAAGGCGUCAUGAUGAACGCCCGUGUGAUACCAUUUUAAACCAAAUAAAGAUAGGUACUUAAAGGUGUAGCCCGGGAUCAAGCCUUAUUGAGCUGGUGCUUGCUCAGAUUGUUACUAUUAUUAAUAUUGAUAAUAAUAACAAUAGGAGCAGAUAAUGCUGGGUAUCAGGCUACAAAAUUGUGUUUAAACCAAAUCUUCAUUUGCAAAAUUUACUGGAAAUUUAUUGGGCACCCCCUCUACAUGAUACUGGUCAGGAGUAUGAAGGUUAGAUAUCCAGGUAGAUCAUUUUUUUCUAACAAAGUAAAUAAUGCAACUGCAGGGUUGGACAAGUUUUCUAAGAUUCACUUGAAUCUCCUAUUGGGCAAGCACAUGAAAAAUUGACUAACCCGAGCCAACUUUUCACCUGCCCGAAAUUUAAAUUUUUCUACAUAUUUCCACUUACAGCAAUGGAAUUCUUUUACUAUUGACUCAGUUUUUCUGUGUUGACCAUACUUGAUGCUAUGAAUGCAAAGAGUAACAAGUAUAUCAAAAUCUCUCUCAUGGAAAAAUCUUACUUGCCCAAUCGGGCAAGUGGGGUAGGAACAUGCCCUUGUCCAAAGAGCAUUUUCACAUGCCAAGGACGAUCAGACUAUUGGACUUGUCCAACCCUACCUGCAACAGUAUAAAUUUUCUGAAGAGUUAAUAGCUAAUGUAUCAAAUAGCAUCCAAUGUCUUCCGCUGAUGUGAUAUAGAGGAUGCUGUCUGAAACAUCUAUUUAGAAAAAAAUAUCCAGUUGCAUGAUCUAUUUUGUCUUUGUCUACUGAAAUUUGUUCUGGUUUGAAAUUUUCAGUUACAGAUUUUAUUCCAUUUUACAAAUCUUUAAAAAGGAUUUGUGCAUCUUUACAUACAUCUUGAAGAACACAGUUUGGAA